AUGGAACACCAGAACGAGCAGUCAUCCUCCCAGCCCUGGGCUCUUACUGACAGCCUCCGCGACGCUCUGGACACUCGCGUCCAGUCCUUCCUGGAGACACUCGACUCUUCCAAGACCAUGAAUGCUUGGGGUGUCACCCCUCGCCGCGAUUCCAUUGUAUCCGAAUCAGCAGAGUCCUCGGCCGCCGCUGAAGAGCGUGCAAAGACCGAUCCGGAGGCCACCUCUACAGACCUUACUCUUGACGCAGACCAUUCUCUCGACGCCCAAAUCAUCCUUGCCGAAACCAUUAUUCCAAGGUCAGCUGAAAAGGCGGAAGUUGAGCAGAAGGAGCAGCGAAAGGUCCAUUCCUGCACCGUCGACGGCGCAUGUCUCCGCGACCUGUGGCUACGGGGUCUGGUGACCGCCGCAGGCGCCGCGCUGCUCCUCCUUGUCUGA